AUGAGCGAGGAAGCAGUUGACGAUCAAAAGUCAAUCAAGUCACACAUAUCCAACGACAUUAACGAGAAAAAGAAGGAAGAUGAAGUUCCGUACACAAUAUUUGAAAAGAAUGAAAAAGUGCUACUCAUUUUGAUUUUGAGUUGUAUUGGGUUCUGGAGUACCUCGAGUUCACCCAUUUAUUUUCCGGCAUUGCCGACAUUGACCAGGGAUUUCCAUACUUCAGAAUCGAUCAUGAACAUCUCGGUGGUUUGUUAUUUGCUUCUACAAGGGUUGGCACCAAUGGUAUCGUCAAAUCUUGCAGAUACAUUUGGUAAAAGACCGGUGCUAUUGGCCAGUUUGCUCAUUUAUAUUGCAUCGUGUAUCGCAUUAUCUCAAGCAAAUGUGUUCUGGUUACUUGCUGUGUUGCGAUGCAUCCAAGCUGCAGGAAUUGCACCGGUUAUUGCCAUUAGUUCAGGUGUUUCGGGAGACGUUUGUACACCAGAGAAUAGAGGAAGCAUGGUUGGUGCUGUAUCAGGAUUCCAGUUAUUGGGCAAUGGUAUUUCGGGGUUACUAGGUGCUGCCUUGAUUACUGGCUUCGGUACAUGGAGAGCCAUUUUUGUUUUUUUAGCCAUUGGCGGAGGUGUCACUUUACUUGCAGCAAUCUGCUUUUUGGCUGAGACUUCACGGAGGAUUGUAGGUAAUGGCACAGUGAUGCCCCGGAAUUUCUUAAACAGAUCAUUAUUGAUCUAUUUACCUUUUUUCAGGAAAAAGAUGACUAAUGAUAUACUGACCAUUGCAGCAAAGAAACCCUUCAAUGUAUUGGGACCAUUAAAGAUUUUCAUCAAAAAGGAGAUUUUCUUGACAUUGUUGCCGCUGGGUAUGCAUUUCGCAGCAUGGACUGUUAUGCAAGCCUCGUUGUCCACAGAGCUAGAAUCUUCAAAAUACAACUAUUCUGUUAUGCACGUUGGAUUGAUCUACUUACCACAAGGUAUUGCUUGUUUGGUUGGAUCGUUGCUUGUUGGGAGGGUGAUGAACUGGUACUAUAAACACCGAAGAAACUUGUACGACAAAAAAGUCGAGUCUUUGCCUUUGGAUCAAAGGCCUGCAUUCAAUAUAAUAGAGACCCGAUUAACAUUAACAAUAGUUCCUGCAACAUUGAUGAUAUUUGGUCUCGUUAUUUUUGGAUGGUGUAUUCAAUUUCGCAGACACAUCAUCUCGAUUAUCAUAUCAUCGAUUCUCAUUUCUUUUUCAUCAACGUUGUUGAUUGCAAUCUGCACCACAAUGUUGGUGGAUCUCUACCCUGGUCAAGGAAGUGCAUCAGCUAGUUGUUUGAAUUUGAUGAGGUGUUGGCUUGCUGCAUUAUUCACCGGAGUAUUGGACAACAUGUUGAAAAGUUUGAAUCUCGGAGGUACGUAUACCUUACUUGCUGGCUUUUGUUUAAUCAGCGAUGUAUGCUUAGUCUAUGUUUUACGUUCGACAAAACAACGAAUAAAACAGUAA